UUCGAAAACUCGGUUUUUAAGUUAACGUAUUGCCAUCUACCGGCAUUUCUAUGCGUUUUUGUGUACUGUCAAAAGCAGUAGGUCGAUAAAAACAACUUCGUGUGCACGAAAGAAACUUCAUAACCUCUCUUACUCCACGUGUAUAUAGGGUUACCCGGCACCGUAAAACGAUUGUAAAAUGACAACAAUAAUUGAAAUAGUGAAUUCUUUCGACGUGAAUUCGAAAGAAUUUCAGAUUUUGGUGCACGAUUUGAUGGUCAAUAACAGUGACGUGCCGUUUGACAGUCAAGAGGUCGACAAAAUACACAAUAUCGUUAUAACGGGAAUCAAUUCUCGCGUGAAUCAAGUCAGUACUCGACAUGACGGCUUGCUCAUGUUGGAUAAAAUUUUGCCGAGAUGUUCGAACGAUGUGUUUUCAAAGUACGGUUUACUCUGGAUCGGCAAGGCUACUCAAAUAUUGGAGAACGUACACAGCAGUGCGGAACACGUAACGCUAGCGUGCAAAAUACUGGGAUCUCUGAUCACACGCUGUAGGGAGAUCGCGGAAUUACACAAACAGAUUUCUAUGCAACAUGUGAAGCAACUCUUAAACGCGCUCAGCGCAAUUCAGACAGUUGCAAAAUGUGGAGCGGUGUACUAUUUACUAGCUGUUUUGCUAUAUCACUAUCCUGAAGUUUGUGAACGAUAUCAGGAAUCUAUAAGAGAGAUGAUAUUGCUACAGAUUGAUUCCGCACAAAAGAAUCUGGUCAAUGCAAGCGCAAAGUGCUACGUACUUCUGUCCAAAGCGACGCAACGUUCUUUCAAACCGCCGCCAACAAAAUUGACGUACACAGGAUGGAUAUACAACGAAGCAUUGCUUUGUAACAACUUACACGUCAUAAUGGACGAAUUGUUUUCUGGAUUAAUAGAGUUGGAAAGUAUAAAAAUCUCGGAUCAGAUAACAUUGCCACCUAUAUCUGAGGAAAAUGUAAUAGAAUACUAUAACAAACAACAACAGAGAUUCUCGAAUUUGUGCAUCUACCUGUCUUCGAUGUUACGUGGAUAUGAAGCAAAAAAUUCUGUUUUACCUCACGAUAUUUUGCAACUCUUAUGCAGAGGACUGGCAAUAACCCCAUUAGGUCUAAAGAAUAGAGCUUCUUUUAAGGAACAGAUGCUAUACAUAAUAUUGCCAAAAUUACACAUCAGUCUGUUCACAGUUUUAGACGCGUUGAUAAAUUCAUUUGCCGAAGAGUUGAUUCCUUUUGGAAAUACGAUGUUACAAUUGUUUCGUCAAACAUUGCAAUGGACAAGCACCGUCCUGGAAAAUCAUACAACAUUUGGUCAAAGUAAACCUUUCAAAAGUGUAAAAAUGUGCACUUACAGAUGUUUCUCGUCGUGGUUGAAAAAUACUGGCUCGACAUCGGGCAUAGAGACAAUUGCAAAUAAAUGCGCUACCUUUAUCUGGAAAGAUGUGAUACCGGAACAAGAUCGUAUAUUGUUAACUGUGCAACAAAAAACGCACCAUAUGUCUAAACGAGCAAUAAGACGUUUUAAAAAUAGUCAGUAUGAAAAUAGCUCCAUUUUAAAUAACAAAGAAGGUUCCGCUAAAAGUGAGUGUUUGGAUGCGGACUUGUGCAGAGAAGCUCUUGUUGUUCUACAGAAUGUGCUGUCUAGUGGGAGCAUUUUGUUGCCAGUUACAUUUCACCAGACCGUGCAAAAGACCGUUAUAUCGUUACUGUACAAUCUUUAUUUGAGCUCCUCUGAACAAAACUUUUACAAAAAUCACAGUGAUUGUCGUUUAGAACUAUUUAAAUUAUUAAAAGUAUCACAAAUGAAUCCGCAUACCGCGUUAGCAUUUCCGACGCAGUAUUGUCUGGAAAUAUCGCAGAUGGCAGCUCGUGAUAUCAAUUUGAAUAUUGCUCAAGAAGCGAAACUCGCCUUGGCCGAACUUGAAAAAAUUAUUCAUCCCGCCGCGCCUACUUUAAGAUUACCGGAAGAAGACCGUGGUAAUCAAACUGUUCUUGAAAAUCAGAUAGAUAAGGAUCAAAUAGAUGAGAUUUUCGGCGUUAACAAGUCGGAUAAGAGAAAUUUGACUGAAGAAAAUACAAACGCAGUGCCGUGUAAACGACCAAAAAUAACUGCAAUAGAAAUUAUACGGAACGAAAAUAAUACACAACAAAGUAUAGAGUUGAUGGAAGCGAAUGACGAAGCAACAGAUGCGGAUAAGUCUCAAGAAGAUAACAAUUCUUGUAACAACAUUGAAAAAGAAGAAGAAGAAGAAGAAAAAGAAGAAACUAACCAUAUAUCGAAAGAAAACGAUGAAGUUUUUAAUAGCGAACAGAAUCAGUCUAACGCUACAAGCACCAAUACUGAAAGUAAAAUGGAAGUUAAUGAAUGUAAAUUAUCUAUUAACGGGGAAGAAGAAGAAAAAGAAAGAGAACAAUCUGAAGACUUGGUAUCGUGCGCGAAUCAAACGGACAAAACAAAGAAAAUCACUUCCUCAGAAGGUAUUUCUUCAGAAAGCGCUGAAGAAACAAACAAGAGAUUGUCGCAAAAAUCAGAAGAUUGGGAAGAAAUGGAUGCGGAAAUACUGGAAUCUUUGAAUCUUUUCCGUGACGAAGUGAACGAGUAAUUAGAUAUUUUUAUUUCAUCUUUGCAAUAAAGAUAU